UUGACCGUCGUCCGCCCGCACGAUCUCUGAUUCGCUUUGUAAAAUUCAACUUCGUCUUCUUCUUUCUUCCUUCAUCCGCCAUUUUCGCAUUUUCAGUCUCUUUCAGCUCUCUCACAGACACCCAUUACUCUCUCACUCACUCACUCACUGCUAUCACAAUUUCAUGCAAUUUCUCUUCCCUUUCUCUUUACUCUCAUUACUGCUCUUCUUCUACGCUCUCUAUUGCCCUCUAUUCCUGAUUUACAGCUUCAGAUCCUUUUGUUCUCAAUCCCACAGCUGGGCCGCCGUUUGUCGCCCCCCAAUUCCUCUUUAUGCGUGAAUAACCCUUCUCUAGUCUCUACUACCGAUACCCACAAGAGGAGUGUAUCAGUGUUCCUUUUUCUACGCCUCGUUUCUCGCUUUGAUCUUCUCGGCAUCAUUCCCCUGUUUCGUGGGAUGUUUUUGGGUUGGUGUUUAUGAUAAUUAAUAUCUCUAUUUAUGCGUCGUCGUCGCCUUCAUUCACUUUGUGAUUCUUUAUUCGCGCUGCGCUUCUGAAUGGAUGCUAAAGUGGGUUCUAGACUUGGUAUUUUGGAUUAUUUAUUUUCAAGAAGUAGACACUGUCCUAAUAGACAGAGAGAUUGCUGCUUACGGGUUCUUCUUCUAACUUCUUGGUCAUAGCUUGCCUCGAGUGGCAUAAUAGUUUUGAGUAAUCUAGAGUUAAAUUAACUUCUGCUACAUGGCCAUGAAGAAGCUACUGGUUGAUCGCCAUCAGAGUGUUUUUACGGCCUCUGUUGGGAAGAAAUCAAAUAUUGGUGCUCUCUGUCAUAUUGCAAUUUUUAUAGGCAAAUUGGACCUUUUCAAUUCAAUCUAUGGAACUUAUUGGUCCAAGGAGAGUGAAUAAAAAGAAUCACCUAAUUCGAGAGAAUGGUGAUUGUCUUUUAUCAAAUAUAGGUGAUCUUGAUCCGUGGACUGCAUGGGCUUAUAAACCACGUACUGUUUCCUUGUUGCUUGUUGGCGCCGGCUUUCUUAUCACCAUGGUCUUCGACAUUUAUAGUUUUGGGUUGGAUUCUAACACUUUGGAUAGGGAGAAUAAAGGGCGGGCAUUAGAGACUCUAUUUCCUCAUGCAUGCUGGGCCAGUGGAGCUCUAGAUCCUGAAUGCACUGCAUCAAGUGAUCUUGUUGCAUCUGUUAAAAGGGGUGUGUGGGCAAUGAUCGCCGUUUUCCUUGCAUAUUGCUUGCUUCAAGCCCCUUCUACGAUUCUUAUUAGGCCACAUCCAGCAGUAUGGCGCCUAGUUCACGGCUUGGCUGUCAUUUAUCUAGUAGCACUCACAUUUUUACUUUUCCAGAAGCGUGACGAUGCUCGGGAAUUCAUGAAAUUUCUCCAUCCUGAUCUAGGCUUUGAGCUUCCUGAGAGAUCAUAUGGUACUGAUUGUCGUAUACUUGUUCCUGAAAAUCCCACAAGCAGAUUUAAGAAUGUCUAUGAAACAUUGUUUGAUGAAUUUGUUCCUGCUCACAUUAUCGGAUGGUGGGGUAAGGCUAUAUUAAUCCGUAACCAGCCUCUUCUCUGGGUACUAUCAAUUGGGUUUGAGUUAAUGGAGCUUACCUUCCGCCAUAUGCUACCCAACUUCAACGAGUGCUGGUGGGACAGUAUUAUUCUUGACAUUUUUAUUUGCAAUUGGUUUGGAAUAUGGGCUGGAAUGCGUACUGUCAGAUACUUCGAUGGGAAAACAUACAAGUGGGUUGGUCUAAGUCGACAGCCUAAUAUUAUUGGAAAAUCUUAUUUCCAGGUGAAACGGACCUUGGGACAGUUUACUCCAGCACAGUGGGAUAAAGAUGAGUGGCAUCCCUUACUUGGUCCAUGGCGUUUCAUACAAGUUCUUGCUCUUUGUAUUGUCUUCUUGACCGUGGAGCUUAACACAUUCUUUUUGAAGUACUGUCUGUGGGUUCCUCCCAGAAACCCUGUAAUAGUUUACAGAUUGGUUUUAUGGUGGCUCAUCGCCAUACCAACAAUUCGCGAGUACAACGUUUACCUUCAAGACAGGAAACCUGUAAAAAAAAUUGGAGCAUUUUGUUGGCUCUCCCUGGCCAUUUGCGUUAUUGAGCUUCUGAUUUGUGUCAAGUUUGGACAUGGCCUAUAUCCAAAGCCAAUGCCACUUUGGCUGGUGCGCUUUUGGAUAUCUGUUGGAUUCUCCCUUGUAUUAUUCCUGCUUAUUUGGACCUGGCAACUUCACCAAUGUGUGAGGAAAAAGUGGCAAUAAUUUUUGUUCAUUUCUUCAUUUAUUCAUAGGAAAAAAGAGAGAUUUUUUUUUUUUUUGGUUUUUUUUUAAUCAUGGGACUCCCGUUCAUAAUGUAAGAUUUUUAAUGUAUUUUGUAGAUAGCAUCAGGUUUUCCAUUAGAGACUACAAAAUCUUCGGGAGAUUUUUCUUUGGGGAGAGAAGAAUGUAUUGAUUAUCCACCAAAAUGGUGUAAUAUCUUUUUACUUUUUAUA